UCCGGCCGGCCCGUGAGGCAUGCUGGGAGCUGAAGUUCUUUCAUCACGCCCAAGGCUUGCUGGGAAUCAUCGUCUCCUCACCCCUACACAGUCAGCCUAGCCUAAAAACAAGCUGUUUGUGGGACAGUCAUGGUGGGGAGUUUUUAUGAUUGGAGUGGUGGUUUUUCAAAGGGUUGAUUUCUUGAGAGAGGACCUCUUGGACCUGCGUGGAUGUGAUGUCUGGAUCAGGACGAAAUGAGGCAUCUGGGCUUUACCAUGAACGCCAGCGCCUGGAGCUUUGUGCUGUCCAUGCCCUGAACAACGUCCUGCAGGAAAGGCUUUUCACCCAGGAGACUGCUGAUGAGAUCUGCAAGAGGCUGGCCCCAGAUGCCAGGUGGAACCCCCACCGAAGCUUUCUGGGGACUGGUAACUAUGAUGUUAAUGUCAUCAUGGCAGCUCUCCUAAGUGUCGGUCUAGAAGCCAUCUGGUGGGACAAGCGGAGGUCCCUAGAGCAGCUGUCCCUGGAAGGGGUUCUUGGAUUCAUCAUCAAUGUCCCAUCCAAUGUAUGUUUGGGCUUCCUGUCCCUCCCUGUGAGGCGCCGUCACUGGAUUGCUGUGCGUCAGCUGGACGGCAUCUACUACAAUCUUGACUCCAAGCUGAAGGCUCCAGCUCCGAUUGGCGGUGAAGCUGACCUCAGGGCGUUUCUGCAGGAAGUGCUGUCUCAGGGCCCUUGCGAGUUACUGCUGGUUGUGCCGCAUGAGUCAGGCGAAACUGAGAACUGGCUAAGCACUGUGAGGUGACUCCUGGCAUCCACAGAUCCAUCUGGGCCUGGCCAGAAGCACUCUGCCUCCACCCUGUUGUGCUGGCUGCUGCAUGCAUUAUGGGGAGGAGGGAGUGGUACAUUCUCCCAUUUUAACACUGCCACUCUGGGAGUCAGAGUAUGAAAUCCAUCCUCCCCUCUCCUUCAGGAAAUGAAGGUUCCUAGCUUCCCCCUUGCUUUUUAAAGACUUUGCCUACCCUGGGACAGUAUGGAAUAAAGGAUGUGAUACCAAAUGGUGGAGGGUCUCCUGGCACGACCAAUUAGACCUGUGAGAAAAAUCAUGCAGUGUCUUCUUACAGUGACCAGUCAGGUCUUUCUGGAGUGUGUGUAUGUAUGUAAUCUUACAGGCAGCUGUGACGGUGUUGUUGAACCCUUGUGUGAUUUCUGGCAUGUGGCUGUCACUGCUAUCAAUGUGUCUGAAUGAUGCGGUGGUGCUUCUGUCCAUUAUAGCAUAGCAGACCUCUCUUCUCAGCAUAUAUGUGAUCCGUUUAUAAAAAAACAGCUUCUGCUAAUACAUCACAGUGAGUUCCGUGGGUUAAGCAAGAGCUUCCUUUUGCCUUUUUGCCUUAAAUCUGCUGCCUCUUCAUUUUGGGGAGUGAUGCUCGUGGCUUCAAAACAGGACGUUGGAAUGGGAGGUUGGGGAGAAGAGGGAAGAGGCACAUGCUGAGGAGCCAAAGAUGUCAUGCCAAAGUUUGCAUUGAUGAGAGGGGCCUUUUUGGGAGGUGAGGAAGUUUUUGGGAACUGUUGAAUUAAGAACGACAGCAAUCUAAUUAGGCGGGUUAUGUGAAGAGACCUGUCUUUUUUUCUGCUCUCUCAAGAUUGCCUGGAAUGGUAUUUGCAGGGCAUCUCAUUUUUUCUGCUGCAGGUUAUAGAAAAGAUUGGGAGUUGGGAACUCUGGAGUAGCUAUAUGAUGAGUGAAAGUUAUGAAGGGAGAAAAGGAGAGUGAAAAUGAAGUUUUCUUGGUAUGUGGAGAACUGGGAUGAAGCUGGCUUGAGGAAUUAUUGGGCUGGAGUCAUGGACUGGAUUGCACAGAGUGCUGGCAGAGACACAAGGUUGUAAGCACUGAAUGGACCUUCUGCGCUUGUAAUGUUGGUUGACAGAAAUUCAACAGGGGCAAUUUCUCCUAGCAUUAUUAGGGGUUGGGGAAAAUCUGUGCCUGUUGAAUUUCUACUUAUCAUACUUUUGUUCCAAACUGCAGGAGCUCUGUUGGGCUGGGGCUUGGGGAAGGGGCAGUGACCCUAUCACUGCAAGGAAAAAACUUUUUUUGGGGGGGGGAGAGGGAGUCCUUUUAAAGAAAAGAGCAUAUUCCUUGUGCUACAGGAGGAAAACUGCAAAAGGAUCCAUGAAGUUCCUUGCAAUAGGUCAGAAACAGGUGGAGACUGCACAGGGUUUCCAUAGUGGUUGUGGAAUGAGAGGCUGGUACACUGCCCAGAUUGUUAUCCCCAUAAUAAUCCUCCACUUUUAAUGCUUUGUUUAGCUACUUUUGCUGCUUGUUGCCUGGCAGGGAAAACACCCUCCUCCUGCAACCGCCCCCCCAAGCCAUGAAGUUCCUUGAAAAACCUUAAAGAAGGAAAAAUGGAAUGAUAUAAAACCAAUAAAACAUGUGCUAGAGUUUGUGA